AUGGAUCCUGCUCACGACAGCAUCAUUGCCGAAUGCAGCCCUUCCGAGCUGGCGGAGAUCUUGAAGAAGCACUGGUCCCUGGAGAACCGCAAAGAGCUGUGCAAGCAGUUGAUCGAUGGCUUGGGCAAGUCGCAUGUGCAGCCGAGUACUGCGGGGUCGCACAGCAGAAGCAGUGGCAGUGGGCAGACGUCGAAGGAUGCAGGGCUCGCAGAAGCGGACACGGAGAUUUGCUGUCAUGUGCAGCCUUGGCCCGAGCUUCCUGCCUCGGUGCCUGCCAUGCAGACUGCUGUCCAGUUCUUGCGGAGAUGGGAGACGGCGGUCUUCAGUGACUUCUUGAAGAAGCCUCCGCCGCCGCCGCUGGCCUCGCUGGGGCUCCCGAGCGCUCAGGAGCAGAAGGUGAACCCGAAGACAGUGGAAUCCCUCAGAUCGAUGGUCUCAAAGAGGCAGAUCGAGAGGGAGGUCUUCAAAAAGAAGAAGAAGAAGGGCGGCAAGAGGCACAAGAAGUGA